AGGCAAGGCAGCGAAGACAGGGGUUUGGGUGACGCAACGACAGGGUCGGACGGGUGUCACCACUGACCUCGUGAAGUCUUGUAUCUAGCGGGUCGGCUCCGGACCUGCGGCUUCUGUGCCCUUUCGCGAACUGCGGGCCAAACGCCCGCACCCUCGGGCGCAUGCGCUGCCUCGCCGGAUGCCUUCUGCGUUCAUAGGGUCAGAGGUCAAGGGGAAGGUCUGAGAGAAAGUGGUAGGUUGGGAUCCAGAAUUGCCUUGGGUCAAGAAUUAGCCGACCCGCUACAGGUCAAAGGUCACAAGAGGGCGCUAGAGCGUUGGUGAUGUGCCAGACUCUUGUUCAACAUCCCCUUGGUUGCAUACAUCCCUAAUUUUCGGGACCCCUCUUCCUACAUCGCAGGCCAGAAACUGAGACCAAGGGACAUCAUUUGCCCAAGGUCACUCCGCAGGCUGGGGAGAGUUCCAGGAGGUCCUUGGGUUAGAGAGAGGAACUUGACCACAUGAUUAUUAUUCAUGAUUACUUCAACCUUUAAGGGUUUUCCUGCAGAUGUACCGCCUGAGCUCGUCAGUGCUGCCCCGGGCCUUGGCCCAGGCCAUGCGCACAGGACAUCUUAAUGGCCAAAGCCUUCAUAGCAGUGCAGUGGCCGCUACGUACAAGUAUGUGAAUAUGAAGGCACAGGAACUUGAUGUGGACAUGAAGUCUGCGACUGACAGUGCAGCUCGGAUUCUGAUGUGGACAGAACUCUUCCGAGGCCUGGGCAUGACCCUAAGCUACCUCUUUCGGGAGCCCGCCACCAUCAACUACCCCUUUGAGAAGGGCCCACUGAGUCCGCGCUUCCGUGGGGAGCAUGCACUGCGCCGCUACCCGUCUGGGGAGGAGCGUUGCAUCGCCUGCAAGCUCUGUGAGGCCAUCUGUCCUGCACAGGCCAUCACCAUUGAGGCUGAGCCAAGAGCAGAUGGCAGCCGCCGGACUACACGCUAUGACAUUGACAUGACCAAGUGUAUCUACUGUGGUUUCUGCCAGGAAGCCUGCCCUGUUGACGCUAUCGUGGAGGGCCCCAACUUUGAGUUCUCCACCGAGACGCAUGAGGAGUUGCUGUACAACAAGGAGAAGCUACUCAACAAUGGUGACAAGUGGGAGGCCGAGAUCGCGGCCAACAUCCAGGCUGACUACCUGUAUCGGUGACCGGGCCACCGGUGACCUUGCCACCUGGCCAGCCUUGUGGCCCCUAUAGCCCAUAAAGAAACUCUGAUCCCA